CUUAGUGUCACAGGUCACAGACUCACAGGUGCGCUUGGUUCUAAGCUGGAAGCUUUUUUUCCCGCGUGCACGGCUCACCCUCCGGUAGUCGACGGAAACGGAGGAGGAAGGGAACCGAGGUUGCUAAGAAGCCAAAGUUAAACUGGGGUAAUUACUUUCUGUGUCCUUCUUGACUCAAAACACUAUCAUGAGCUGGCUUCGUGCCCUCUUCUUCUGUUUCUAUCUGUUUACCAUCCUUGCAGUCUGUGAUUUUGGACUUCAAUGGAGCAAAACAGGCUGGGUUUUGCAUAAAGCUCAUGGAGAUAGAAAUGUAACUAUGAAUAUGAUACUGCAGAAGACAUAUUUAAGCCAUAGAAAAAUUCUGGUACACGGAGCCUGUACAAACAAGGAUAUAAGCAUUUCGCAAAGCACAUAUUCCACGACUGGGAUUCCACAAUAUGUAGUUGAGAUAGUGAACACCUGCUUUUCUGGUUGUGCCCCAUCCAAGAUCCACCUCCACUGUGACUGGUUUGCCUCUGCCAGAAUAGUGAACCCAAAUACUUUUAAGAGGCUGUCUUAUGAUGACUGCUUGGUUAAUGAAGGAAAGCCUUUGAAGGCCAGCCAGAUGAUCCGGUUCACCUACUCAAACACAUUUAUGUACCCUCUGGCCUUCAAGUCUGCCAAAUUUUGCUGA